AUGACUGAGAGAUUCAUUUUAAAGAAGAGGACUCGAAGUUUGCAUCUGCUUUUCCUUUCAGGUUUGUACAUUACAGUGUUUUUUACAGCUGUUUUUAUUUGCCUUUAUCAAAUGUAUAAAUGUAUUACAGAGAGUUUUUGUUGGUAUUGUUUUCUGUAUGAAGGAACUAACUUGUUUGAAGGAUAGUGUUUCAAUCAUUCUGAAAAAUACAUAGUUUAUUCACAAAUGCACAAUAUUUCUGUUGUAACCGUUGGUAUUCAAAAGGCUGUAAUUCACUACCUGUCAUUUCACAGGAUUUUGCACCUUUGCUUUUGGAUCUUCAGAUUUCUACCUUAUUAAAGAAUCUAGGUCCUACAAUGAUGCAAAGACCUACUGCAGAGAGAUGUACACUGAUUUGGCUUCAGUUCACAACUUAACAGAUAUGAAUAAUUUGAUCACUUUAGUCUCAUUUAGCACUGCCAGAGCAUGGAUAGGCUUGGAGAGUGAGGGUGUGAGGAAGUGGCACUGGUCAAGGCCUUAUCAGAAACUAAAUUUUUAUAACUGGAAGGCAGGGGAGCCAAAAAAUACAGAUGAAGAUGCAUGUGCAGUGAUGGAUCCACUAGGCAAGUGGUUUGAAAGUGAAUGUGGGACAAGAAGGAGUUUUGUUUGUCAAGGUAAGUGACAUGGAGUUGCUGUCAUGAAUUAUUAUUUUUUUUUAACUACCAAAAAAAACAAAAUUAUGUGCAUCAUUUUGCUCUGUUGUUUAAAAUACUACCCUCUGAUUUUCAGGGAAUAUCGAAACUGGUGGUCACGUUUUUGUUGCUGAGACUAAAUCAUGGAGGGAUGCCCAGAAUCACUGCAGGAGCUUGUCAUCUGAGCUUGUUAGCAUACAUUCACAGGAGGAGAAUAACGCAGUGCAUAACAUUUCUGCGUCACAAAAUGUGUGGAUUGGCCUCUUCAAAGAUCCCUGGAGGUGGUCGGAUGGGAGCAAUUCAUCUUUUCGGUUUUGGAAACCUGGCCAGCCUAACUACCUCGCAGAACAGGAUUGUGUUGUUGCAGUGUUCAGAGAUGACGGGAGGUGGAAUGACUUGAGAUGUGGAGGCAGAAGGAACUUUGUCUGCCGUGGAGGUAAGAUUCUAUAGAUCGCCCUCUUUGCAUUACAAGACACUUUUAGUGCUUGAACAAGAUUCAACAAGAGUACAAUAAAAAUUUCUCUUUUUUUAAAUUUCUGCUUAUCCUCACAGCAAGAAAAGUAAUUCCAGAAGCUCCCAUUCAACCAAGCACACAGCUGAGCCAAACAACGACUGAAAUGCCGACAAAUUUGAUUACUUUUCCAAACACUACUCACGAGGUUACAACCACACACCAUUUUAUUGUGACUUCUUCCAAUCAAUCAAACACUGCCAAUACUACCACUGAGGAAGCAGCAACAACUAUCAAUGCACUGACACCAAAUGUCACAGAUUUUGUGUCAAGCACAUCAGCCACACAACUCAACAGUACAACUACAGGGAUGCCAAAUGUAACAACAACACAACUGCCUAAAAAUACCACACAUUUUGUAUCAGAUACAUCAACCACACAACUCAACAGUACAACUACAGGGAUGCCAAAUGUAACAACAACACAACUGCCUAAAAAUACCACACAUUUUGUAUCAAAUACAUUAACCACACAACUCAACAGUACAACUACAGGGAUGCCAAAUGUAACAACAACACAACUGCCUAAAAAUACCACACAUUUUGUAUCAGAUACAUCAACCACACAACUCAACAGUACAACUACAGGGAUGCCAAAUGUAACAACAACACAACUGCCUAAAAAUACCACACAUUUUGUAUCAAAUACAUCAACCACACAACUCAACAGUGCAACUACAGGGAUGCUAAAUGUAACAACAACACAACUGCCUAAAAAUACCACACAUUUUGUAUCAAAUACAUCAACCACACAACUCAACAGUACAACUACAGGGAUGCCAAAUGUAACAACAACACAACUGCCUAAAAAUACCACACAUUUUGUGUCAAAUACAUCAGCCACACAACUCAACAGUACAACUACAGGGAUGCCAAAUGUAACAACAACACAACUGCCUAGAAAUACCACAAAUUUUGUGUCAAAUACAUCAACCACACAACUCGACAAUGCAACCACAGGGAUGCCAAAUGUAACAACAGCACAACUGCCUACAAAUACCACUGUAAAGGAAACUACAGCUGUUGUCUCUGCAACCACAACAAUGAUGGUUACUUCAACCGGGACCUCGACUCAAAGAAGCUCAACUACACGAUCUCUGACUCCAACACCAACUGAGAGCAGUCAGAGCUUGCCUUCAGGUACGCUUCAAAUGCUGAUGUUCUUUUCAGUAUGAAUGAGAGGUCAUUAUGAAAUUAUAUCUCUGGUUUUCUCUCCAUGUUCUUCCUCAAGGCAAACUGAUCCUAAUAAAGGAAAACCUGACAUGGAUUGAUGCGAUGACUUACUGCAGGAGGCACCAUGUUGACCUUGUCCACAUUACAUCUGAACACAUACAAGACAAAGUGGCUGAAAAAGCAAAACAUGCCACAUCUCCUCACGUUUGGCUUGGUCUGCACUAUGCCUGUAACUUAAAUUUUUGGUUCUGGACCAGUUCAAGCAGGGGGUGCUACCAGAACUGGGCUCCAGGACAAGGCUCUGAGGUGAAAUAUGACUGUGAUGUUACUGGUGCUGUUGAGGCCACUGGGGGGCAUCAGUGGGUUGGUUUGUCCCAGACAGAAAAACUGAACUUCAUCUGUUCCACAUGUGCUGGAUGA